AUAAUUAUUGUUUUAAGUGGAGUAUACUAGCUUCUAUAGCUUAUAAAAGUCAUUCUUUGGAAACAUUUUCUAACCCCAGACAACGGAGGUUUGCUAGAGAACAAUUACAACUCCCCAUAAAAUAUAUAAAUGUUAACAUUUCACAAGAAAAAAUAAAGUACAAACAAGUGGAACUUAAUUUUUCAGGAAUAGAGUUUCCUAUUACGAAAAAGGGGAUAAAAAAAUUUGAGAAAUUGAACCCCAACUUUAGUGUUAACGUAUACGAACACGAUUCUAAAGGAACACAAAUUGUUGGACCAGUAGUAAGAACUGAUUUUAAGGGGAGACCAUCCCAUAUCAAUUUGCUGGCAAUUUCAAACAACAAUUUGAUGCAUUAUGCUUAUAUAACCUGUAUGAGAACACUAUGCUACUCACAGCAUUCAAAAUCUAGAACCCCUGCCUAUUUUUGUGAAAACUGUUUACAGUUUAUAACGUCAACAAAUUCUACACAUGAUACCAAGGAAUGCGGUAAAGUGGCUGCGGAAUAUCCAAAGCCGAAUACCAUAACAAAAUUUAAAAAUUUUUAUAAAAAACUAUCACCACCGGUAGUUAUAUAUGCAGACAUUGAAGCGGUAUUAAAAAAAGUUCACACAACCCAAAACGAUCCAUCAAUUUCAUCUACAACGACAUCUCAAGAGCAUAUUGCUUGCGCUGUAUCAUUUUUUGUGGUACAUAAAUAUAACCCAAGUCUUAAUAGACAAUGGACCUAUGAAGGAGAUGAUUGCAUUAAAAAGUUUUGUCAAGCACUCAAGGAUACUACCAAGGGCUUAUACCACAAAUAUUGGACCACCCAAACAAGGCUCCAAGAUGAAUGCGAACCGAUCUCCGUCGACAACGAUAAUUGCUGUGCCUGUGAGUUACCGAUACGGGAUAACGCAGAAAUGUUUUAUGAUCAAUUCUCUGGUAGCCAUAUAGGCUAUAUCCAUAAAAAUUGUAAAGUAGAUUAUAAGUUAACUGAAGCGUUUUUCCCAGUAGUUUUUCAUAACCUUUCUAGGUAUGACAUUCAUUUAUUUAUUAAGGAAUUAGGAAAUAAUUUAAAACCGAUUCCUUGUAAUAAGGAAUUAUAUAUUGCUUUGACCCAAACUAUUAGAUUUGAUGAAAAAGAUUAUUACAAAAUUCAAUUCAUAGAUUCCAACAGGUUUUUAAAUUCUAGUCUAGAAAAACUAGCUAGCUACAUGGAUGAAUCUAAUUUUAAACUUUUAAAAACUAAAUUUCAAGGGGAGAAAUUUAAUCAAAUGAGACAAAAAGGGGUAUUCCCAUAUGACUUUUUAGAUAGUUUUGAAAAAAUGGAAGAAAAAAAUCUCCCGCCAAUUGAAUAUUUCUAUAAUUCCCUAACAGACCAACCUUGUUCUUUUGAGGCUUACCAAUUUGCUCAAAAGGUUUGGUCAACCUUUAAUUGUAAGAGUAUUAGGGAUUAUUUAAAAUUGUAUUUAGAAAGUGAUGUUAUGAUUUUAGCAGAUGUUUUUGAGAAUUUUAGAAUAAUAUGCCUACAAAUAUAUAAGCUUGACCCAGUUAAUUAUGUAACAGCUCCAUCAAUUUCCUGGGAUGCUAUGUUAAAGUUCACGCGAACCGAAUUAACUUUAAUAAGCAAUCCUGAUAUGUACAAUUUUAUUAAAAGAUCUAUACGAGGGGGAUUGACUCAAUGCACCCAAAGAAUUUCGUGUGCUAAUAAUAAGUACAUGAAAGAUUUUGAUAGUAACAAACCUGUUAACUUUUUAGCUUACAUAGAUGCUAAUAAUUUAUAUGGCUGGGCUAUGAGUCAACCUCUUCCUAUAUCAGAAUUUAAAUUUUUGAAUAAUCUGGAAAUUAAUCAAUUCGAUAUUAAAAAUAUAUCAACAGAAGGGGAUUACGGAUUUAUGUUAGAAGUAGACCUUGAAUACCCUACUGAAAUUCAUGAUGCUCAUAAUUCGCUGCCUUUUUGUCCUGAAAGUAAAAUACCUCCAGACUCCAAAAUAUCAAAAUUAAUUGCAGACUUAUGUAAUAAAGAAAAUUAUAUUAUUCAUUUAAAAUAUCUGCAACUUUGUAUUCAACAUGGACUUAAAAUAAAAAAAAUUCACAGAAUACUAAAAUUUAGACAAUCUUGUUGGUUAAAACCCUAUAUAGAUUUAAAUACAAAACAUAGAAAAUUAGCUAAAAAUGAAUUUGAAAAAAAUUUCUAUAAAUUAAUGAAUAAUGCUAUAUACGGAAAAACUAUGGAAAACGUUGAAAAGAGACGAGAUAUAGCUCUAGUUUCCCAUUACCAUUCAAAACAGAACUCUCCUGGAUUUAGACAACGAAUAGCUAGUCACAAUUUUCACAGUGUAGCACUUUUUGGACCCAAUUUAGCUGCAAUAGAAGCCACAAAAUCUCGCAUACGUUAUGAUAAACCCAUAUAUAUUGGUUCAAGUGUUUUAGAACUUUCUAAAUGGUUAAUGUAUGAUUAUUUCUACAAUUUUCUAUCGAUUAAGUGUCCUUCAUCAAAAGUUAUUUAUAUGGAUACUGAUUCCUUUAUAUUGUCAACGCAAGAAGAUUUUUAUAAAUUAAUCAAAGAAAAUCUAAAUCGGUUUGAUACUUCAAACUUUAAACAAAAUAACAUCUAUAAUAUACCUCAAGUUAAUAAUAAAGAAUUGGGUUUAAUGAAGGAUGAAAAUGCAGGUCAAAUAAUGAAGUCUUUCGCAGGGUUAAAGGCUAAAGCCUACUCGCUCUUAGUUGUAAAGGAACCUAAUCAAAAUUCAGAUCAAAGUCCUUAUGAUUGUAUUAAAAAGAUAAAGGGAGUUCAAAAAUCGGUUGUAAAUAAAUUAUCACAUACUAAUUAUAUAGAAUGUAUUAAACAAAAGAAAACUUUUUAUGGUGAACAACGAGUUAUUAGAAGUCGAUCUCAUAACCUUUAUACUGAGAUUGUUAACAAAAUAAGUCUUAAUUAUAAGGAUGAUAAAAGAUUUAUAUUAUCCGAUAAUAUACAUACGCUAGCUUACGGUCAUUUUAAAAUUAGAAAUAUUUUAGAUGAGAAUUAA